AUGUUCAUGAACAUUUUUGCAAUUCAAAGUUUUACACACCGGAAGGGGAGGAGAAUAUUUGAGAAAAAUGCCAAAUCGAGAAUGAUUUCGCGAUCGUAUGAUCCGUUUUAUGUUCGGCUGAUCGAUCAUUCAGCUCUAGAACGGAUGGUAGAAUGCAGAGUGUCGGAGUCAGAGAUUUUCGCGGAGUCGAAUUUUUUUGAAGGGCCGGGGUCGGGUUUUUUAUCCGACUCCUACUCCGGAAAAUCACAUAAAGAUGGAGUUACACAUAAACGUCACAACAAUUUAACAAAGAAUGAUUUCACAUUUAAAAUAUGGGCCCUAGCGGUGUUGUGUGAAAAUUGCGUGAAAAUUGUUAAAGCUUGGCAGACGCGAUCCUUCUCAUUUGCAAAACAUUGCAAAAAGGUCCUGUGCACAUCCAUCUCAAUAACUGAAGCCUUUUCAGCCGGGAAGUUUUCAGUUUGGUUGGACAGGUUGGACAAUUUUCAAAUUAUGAAUCGCUACAAUUACAUUAAACUUAAUGAGAGUUGUAAAAAGUUAGAUUUAAAUUCAUUAAAAAAACAGGCAAUAAAGAACAAGAGCAAAAGAUGCCGAGAAACAAGAAAGUGCAGAACAAAAAUGUACCUCUUGGAGGAGUAUGGGCGCAACAAGCGAGCACCCAUCAUUCCCAACACAGAUACUAUUCCACCAACUAUCUGCACGACUGCAAAGGAUUUCGUCAUCAAGAGCCUCGCAUCUCAGAGUAAUUAA